AUGCCUCGUACACGUGACCCCGUGCACUAAACUCAUGCGUGUUCUACAUAGUAGGGCUCCAAGUGUCAUUCAAAAAGUGGGAAACACCCCAGACGAAAUACGCUCGACCGCAACACCACCUGUAGCUGGAUCUUGUCGAACUUGCGACCAUGGAUAACUCUGACCAACAAGACAAUGACGACCAAAAUGGCGGACUGCGACAAAGAUCAAAGGAGGCCCCGGAUGAUGGCCCGUCACCUGACCAGUUCAGCAUUGAGACGGACGAGAAUCUUCACAUGGGCAGGAAUGUCGGCCUUAUCAGCGGCAUCUCACUGAUCGUCGGCUCCAUCAUCGGUUCUGGCAUCUUCAUCUCGCCGAAGGGAGUUCUCAGCGACACAGGAUCUGUGGGUCUGAGUCUGGUUGUCUGGGCAUUGUCUGGUGUCAUUGCAUUACUUGGUGCUUUGUCGUACGCCGAACUGGGCACCCUGAUCAGGCUGUCGGGGGGCGAAUAUGCCUACAUCCGGGCAGCUCUCGGCAACAUCUGCGCAUACCUGUACGCAUGGACGUCCAUUAUUGUCAUCAGACCCUCCACCCUUGCUAUCAUCUGUCUCGUAUUCGCAGAGUAUGUGGCAAGUUUCUUCAGGAUGUGCGGCUCACCAGUAAUACCAAACAAAUUAGUGGCAGCUAUCGCGCUGAUUACGGUGGGUAUUGUAAACUGCUGGAGCACCAAGCUGGCCGCCAGGGUGCAGGUUGUCUUCACAGUCGCCAAACUCAUCGCUCUAUUCAUCAUCAUCAUCGGCGGUAUAGUCAAGUUAGCGCAAGGUAACACGGCUGUUCUGGCGACUGGUUUCACGGGCUCAACAACGUCGCCCUCAGUUAUCGCCCUUGCCUUCUAUGGUGCAUUGUGGGCAUACGACGGAUGGAACAAUCUUAACUUUGUUACCGAGGAGAUCAAAGAGCCAAAGAAAAACCUUCCUCGGGCCAACAUCAUCGGCGUCGUCCUCGUCACUAUCGUCUACGUCCUCACCAACAUCUCCUACUUGGCCGUGCUGAGCACUCAGCAACUGUUAGACUCUGCGGCUGUGGCAGUGACAUGGGGUGAUCUCAUUCUUGGAGCCGCCGCCAUCAUCAUGCCUUUGUCAGUCAUGAUCUCAACAUUCGGGGCGGCAAACGGAACAGCCUUCAGUGGAUCCAGGGUGGUGUACGCCGCGGCCCGCGACCACAACCUGCCGGACGUGUUGUCGUACAUCCAGGUGAAGCAGCUCACGCCGAUGCCGUCGAUGUUAUUUACGAUCUUCAUCUCCCUCCUCAUGAUCAUCCCCGGCGACAUCGGCAGCCUCAUCGACUUCUUCAGCUUCACCGCCUGGGCGUUCUACGGCAUGACCUUCCUGUCCCUUAUCGUCCUCAGGUUCAGGAUGAAGGACGCACCAAGACCAUAUAAGGUCCCAAUACCUAUCCCCGUGAUAAUGUUCCUGGUGUCCAUCUACCUGGUAAUAGCCCCUAUCGUGGACAACCCGCAGAUGGGGUUCCUGUAUGCCUUCCUGUUUGUCAUAGGAGGGCUUAUCCUGUACUUCCCAUUCGUACAUUUCAAGCUCAAGCUGUGUGGAUGGGAUCGCAUCACCAUGUACUGCCAGCUGGUCUUUAACAUAGUUCCGUCAUCCGUGGAACCUGAUGAAUAAUCAACCUUAUAAACUGAAGGCUAAUGUCUUGGAACACAUAAAGGCGAGAAUUUAUCGAUGUCAGCUUCUUUAUUUUGUGUUCCUCAAAAUAAAUAAGUUGGCAUCCAUAAAUUCUCGCCUUUAUGAAGGCUACUGUUGUGUCAGUAUGCCCCACGGUCAUCGCACAUCGCAGAUCAGAACAGAGGCAAUAUACAGCAAGAUGGCGGCAUCCGUAGGAGGUGUUGGUAACAGCUCCGUCUCUCACAACACCCCUUGCCAAGAACGUGUUACCGACCACCGCUAAACUUCGAUCUCUUUGUAAAGCAGUUUGUGGGGUGGGGACAUCAUCAUGAGGCCAAACACUUACUGUUUCUGCUUAAGCACACUCUUGGAAUGGUCAGCGCUCAUUUUGUAAUUUCAACUGGACAUGUAGUAGAUCUUCCCAAGUUUCUUCAUAAAUCGUUGUAUUGCGAACUUUCGUUUAUCCGGACAUUGUUAAUAUGGACAACUUCUCUUCAGGCGAUUAUAUUACGCCCGAGAGCACCUAUGUGUAUUUAAUGUCAUGUGUAUUAAAUGUGUAUAUUACAAUAUACAAUGCCGAGAAUAGUUGAAACGGCGUAAAGCAAUAUGUAUAUAUUCAUAACUACUUACUAAUAACCCGUCUGUCCGGGUUAACAGGGUUCUAUUUGAUUUUAGUUUCAAAACAAAACGUUAAGUACUCUAGGUUACAAACUCUGUAGAGUUGUCUCUCUUUAGCAGUUGCACGAUUUGAUUCUCAUGGGUUCAGAGUAUAGAUGUGUCCCGUGUAUGAUAGGUCACCACACGUAUUUGUCGGGUCACCAAAGUAUCAACGUAAUUUGGGCUUUCAUGCCACGGGAACGCCCAGCUGACAGUCGGUGAUGUAACUGAAACAUACUGUGGAAAAUCACCUUAAUCAAAUAUAGAAGCGACAAACCCUUCUCCAUAUUUAUAAGAAAUCUCUGCUAAAUUCGCUCAUGUACCUGGCCAGAUACAUAAAACCUUGGUCGGUUUGGGCUUACAUCAAUGUAAACAUUAAGCUGACACGCUGAGUCUA